AUAUUGCAGGUCUAAAUUUAAUGAUGGUAUACUUACAUAGGCAAAUGUAUACAUUGAUCACUUCUGAAAACUUUUUUAUAAACUUGUAAGAGUUGUUGUUGAUAAAUUACAUGUAGGGUUCUGAAGAAUUUCUGAAUGACUUCAACAGGGGAUAUACAUUGGCUUUAUCAUUAAAAGAAUUCAAGUAUGAAUAACUGUUUAAUAUUUUUUUCUUUUUCUUCUAAUUUUCACUGAUAUUUUUUUUUCACUUUUACUUUCACUGGUAUUUUUAUUUUAUCCAUCUAACAAAUCAAGCUAUCCCACUUAGUAUGGAGCUGGUUUUGAUUAAAUCUAGUUUGAGUAAAUCUGGUUUGAGUGAAUCUAGUUUGAGUAAAUCUGGUUUGAGUAAAUCUAGUUUGAGUAAAUCUGGUUUGACUGAAUCGAGUUUUAGUAAAUCUGGUUUGAGUAAAUCUAGUUUGAGUGAAUCUAGUUUGAGUAAAUCUGGCUUGAGUAAAUCUGGUUUGAGUAAAUCUGGUUUGACUGAAUCUAGUUUGAGUAAAUCUAGUUUGAAAUCUAGUUUGAGUAAAUCUAGUUUGAGUGAAUCUAGUUUGAGUAAAUCUGGUUUGACUGAAUCGAGUUUUAGUAAAUCUGGUUUGAGUAAAUCUAGUUUGAGUGAAUCUAGUUUGAGUAAAUCUGGCUUGAGUAAAUCUAGUUUGAGUAAAUCUGGUUUGACUGAAUCUAGUUUGAGUAAAUCUAGUUUGAGUUAA